AUGAAGGCUUUCAUUUCUCGAAAAAUACAACGAACCCAGCAAGUUCCGGCAGCUCCCCUGCCGCCAGAUUCCGGCCGGAAUUGCACAGGAAAUAUCCGAUCAGUUCCUGACCGGUUCAAGCUCGAAGUUUGCACGAAACGGUCGGGAAAUGACUGGAACCUACGUUUGAACUUCCGGCGGCAAGGAAAUGGUCGAAAAACGAACUUAACCGGCCGGAACCGACCGUGCCAUAAUAACCUGGGAAGUCAUCGGUCAAGUUCAAGUUUAAAUCCUCACAAUGUUAUUCAAACUGAUCAGAGUUCAGUUAUGCGUUUGAUUCCAAUGCAAGACAAUGCUAUUAGAAUGGAUCAGGGUUUAGGUAUGCGUUCGAUUUCGAUGGGAGAGAAUAUUGGUACAAUUGAAAAUGGGAAUAUGUCAAAUAAUCAAUACACACUUGAGGUCAACAAAUCCGAUGCUGGAUCCGACCAUCUGACAAAAUCCGAUCGGAUUCCUGGAAACGGAAUUGCAUUGGAAUCCGACUAG